AUGGGCGGCGACUCUCACGCUGCUUUUUCAGCUGCAUCUGGCGGCAUUGAAGAAGCCGACCCACUUCUGGCACCAAGCUUCAGAGAGGAACUGCAAACUGCGGGCUUCAGCGGCGCCUCUCGCAUCCAUGACCUCGAGCAGACGAUCCGCGCCAAGGGAGCGCAGGUCAUAUGCCCCAGGCCGGGCUAUUCCCUGGAUGAUGACAACGUGGGGCAUGCCACUCACAUGCUCUCCUACACGUGGCAGUACACCGUCGACUGCGUCGUAGGCUCUUUGGCCUCCUGGUGCAGCCAGAAACGCUUCCCACCGGAGCGCACAUAUGUGUGGAUGUGCUUCAUGGGAGUGAAUCAGCACAGGAUCCAGGAGUCGCGGCUUGCUGGCUCCGAUGUACCUUUCGAGGAGCUUGCGGCGACAUUUGGCGGUCGCGUGAAGAGCAUCGGCAAGGUGAUUGCUCUGAUGGAACCAUGGAGGGCACCAAAGUACUGUCAGCGGGCUUGGUGCGUCUUCGAGCUGCACACAGCUUCAGCGCAGCCCGAGUGCUGUCUUGAAAUCAUAAUGCCCCCGGCAGAGGCGGAGAGCUAUGCCCAGGCAGUGUUUGAUGGCUCCGGUCUGCAGGAGCAGUGGCGGACGCUUGCCCAGACCCAGUUGCAGAAGGCUCAAGCAUCUGUGCCUGCGGAUCGGGAGCAGAUCUUCCAUCUUGUGGAGCACAGCCCGGGCUUUGCAGAGCUCAACCGUAGUGUGGUGCACAAGCUUCAGAGUUGGUUUGCAGAGGCCGCCCAUGUGGUGGCUGAGCUUUUCCGCUCCCUGGGCCGGCUGGAUGCAGCUGACGAGUUGCUGCUGUGGGCCAUCCAUACUCUGGAAGCAAUGGGCGAGCUGGAUUCGCCAUUGUAUGCCGCUGUACUGGGUUCGAGGGGCCACGUUGCCCGCGAACGAGGAGAUAUGGAUGGGGCCACGCAGUUGCUCCUCGAAGGCUAUGGGAUACUGCAGCGCUCUGACAACUUGGCAUCUCCAGAGGCUGCGCAGGUUUGCACACGUCUCGGUCAUGUGAAGCUGCAAGGCAAGGACUUGGAGGCCGCUGAGUCAUUCUUCAAGCAGGCUUUGCGAGCUCACCAAGACUGCCAGACUCUGACCAGCUAUGAUGGCGGUCUGCUGCUCCAGUCAAUGGGGCAUAUCCAGCGCGAACGGCAAGAUCUACCUGGAGCGCUAUCAAGCUAUCAGCAGGCUCAACAGACACUGUGCACAAUCGAGCAUCUCGAUUCGCCACAGGGCGCGGCAUUGCUUGCCAGUAUGGGUCACAUCAGGCGUUUGCAGAACGAUUUGGAAGGCUUCCUUCAAAUCCAUUACGCAAGUUGCAGCUGGUGCCCAUGCAAGGAAUCCAUUGGAACUUUUCAGACUGUAAACGGUGCUGCCCUCCUGGUCAACGUCGGUCAUGUUCAGCGUUCUCAGGGUGAGCUGGAUGCGGCCCUUGCCACCUACAAGGAAGCGCGAGACGUGUUUAAGGCUUCUGGGUCCUGGAACACACCGCUUAGGCUUUUGGGGAGCUUUGCGCCUAGAACUUCGCGAGCUGUACAGCUGCGGUUCUUGCGCAGCCAGGCCCUUGCACCACGGCCGCGGCGCCCCACACGGCCCGCCGGAUUCCCGUGGAGGCUGCGCGAGGAAGCUGCUCCAGCUGAAACACUGCUGCAGCGGCUUCGAAACUGGGGUCAUCGGCACUCCAAGGCUAUUGGCUUUGGUGGUUAUGUCCUUCUGACCGUCCAGUGGUGCAUGGAUGACGUGCUGCUGCUACGUUGCUUCGGGGUAGCAUGCGCUUCGUCCAUGGCGGUUUUCCUGUUUUGCCAGCCAGUUCCUUUGAUGGUGCCAGUUCGUUUCAAUUUGCUUUUCAUUGCGAUCAAUGCCUACCACAUUGGCAAAAUCUUGAUGCACCGACGCGACCUCAAGUUAGACGAGGUCGAACAGAUGUUGUGGGACGCUGGCUUUAACGCCUUCCUGACCAAGGUUGAGCUGCGCGAGCUGCUCACUGAGGGGCGUCGAUAUAGAGCAGAGGAGGGCAUGGUGGUGGCAAAGGCCGGGAUGCCGGUCGUGCAAAAGGUGAUUGCCCUCGCAAAAGGAGGAAUUGUGCAGAUGCAAGCAGGGAAGGCCAUUGCAACAAUGGCGCCCGGGGACUUCUGGGGCGAAUUCCAGCUCGUGGAGCGAGCCCGCAAUACGGGCGUGAAGCACAAGGUCACGACCGUGUUUUCCGAAGAUUCCAUCGCUGUUGAAUGGGAUGCCGCAGAGCUCAACGACUUCCUUUCCUCCAAGCCGGCUCUGAAACAUAAGCUGCAGGAGCUCUUUGCCGAGGGGCUGAACUUGAAGCUGGAUAGGCUACUGUGCAGCUGCAAUGCAGACGCUGCUGAGCGCGCCUACGUUGACAUUCUGCGAGGUAUCCUGUGCAGUGGGCAGGGCUCCAUAGGAGAAACCGAGUUUGCCUUCCUGAGCCACGUGCGGCAGGUGAAUAACAUCCAGCAUGCAUGUCAUCUAGGCGCGCUGGAAGAAUUGGGUUUCUCGGAGAAGGAGUUUGCCGAUAUGGUUCGCAAAGGGCGACGCCCCUGGUUCCUGCGAUGGAUCCAGUUCGGUCGAAGUCGCAGCUCCCUGAUGCACUGGAAAGGUUUGCAGCCUGAGCCAAAGUACAAACGCUUCGAGCCAGCAUUUCUGCCGGUGCAGACCCCGUGGUAUUGGCCAGUUCUUGACGUCCAUCUCAGUGGGCGCAAUGACGUCGGCUGGUCUGACUCGCCUUGCAGGCCUGAAGAGUUGAAGCGGCGCAUCUCCAAUCCGAACGUCAUGAAGGCAUUCGAGGAGCCGCUCAGCCCCUUGGGCUACGGGUUGGACAAUCGAGUUCAUGUUUGGGCGUUUUAG